CUUCGAUCGUGUUGCUGCCUCGCCCUGCCUCGGUCUGCAUGUUUGCUUCGUUGCUGUGGCUUCCACUGCACGCCCGCACGCCCGGCUCUUCGUCCCCAACCCACCUCUUGUUCCCCAACUCACCUCUCCAGCUCUCCUCCCCUUUAAAAGCUCCUCCCGAGCUUUCACCUCACACCACAACACGACCUUCGCUUCUUCCUAUUAAUCCUUGCUUGCUCCCCUCCUUCUUCCUUAGUGAAGUUAGCCUGAUCGACCGAUCCUAUCCAUAUCUCCAGUGAGCCCAAGCUCGAUCGUUUCUUCAAUCCAAAGACCAAAGGAACUCCCUGGAACAAGAAAGGCCCAGGAGAAACGAAUCGAUACUAAAGAAACCUCCCGAGCGAGCUCCCUAUCCUAUCCACCCAUCGCCAUGGGCAGGCAGUGCUCUGUCCUCGCCCGUGCACACCACCAACAGUGUCGUGGGUCACCCAGAAACUAAGAGAGCAAGGGAGAGAGAAGAAACUCUUGCACCGCCCAACUCUUUUGGGCUGUUUCUUUGGGCUAGCGAGAAUGCGGCAGCUGUCGUCGCUGCUGCAGGGGCUGGCCCGAUCCAUGGCUGGAAAAGAGAGGAAGGAGGAUGAUCCGCAGGGGACGGUGCUGCGGUCGUCGGGGACGCUGCGGGGCGAGGGCUCCGAGACCUUGGCCGCCGUGUGGUCUCGCCGCGGCGAGAAGGGCACCAACCAGGACUGCUCCCUCGUCUGGGAGGGAUUCGGAUGCCAGGAUGACACCAUCUUCUGCGGCAUCUUCGACGGCCACGGCCAGUGGGGCCACUACGUCUCCAAGGCCGUCCGGGACUCGCUGCCGCCGUCGCUGCUGCGCCACUGGCAGGAGGCCGUCGCGCUGGCGUCGCUCAUCGACGGCGAGAAGAAGCUCGGCGACUGCCAGUUCGACCUCUGGAGGCAGUCCUACCUGGCCGCCGCCGCCGCCGUCGAUGAAGAGCUCCGCCGCAGCCGCCGUCUCGACGCGGUCAACAGUGGCUCCACGGCGUUGUCGAUCGUCAAGAAGGGUGACACGAUGGUUAUCGCGAACGUGGGGGACUCACGAGCCGUCCUUGGCACCACGUCGGACGACGGCAGCAUCGCCGCCGUUCAGCUCACCGUCGACUUCAAACCAAACCUGCCUCAGGAGAAGGCGCGCAUCGUGCAGUGCAAGGGCCGCGUGCACUGCCACGACGACGAGCCCGGCGUGCAUCGGGUGUGGCUGCCCGACAGGGAGGCGCCGGGGCUGGCCAUGUCACGCGCGUUCGGCGACUACUGCGUCAAGGACUACGGCGUGAUCUCGGCGCCGGAGGUGACGCAGAGGAGGAUCACCUCCCGGGACCAGUUCGUCAUCUUGGCCACCGACGGGGUUUGGGACGUGGUCUCCAACGAAGAGGCGGUGCAGAUCGUGGCUGACACGCCGGAGAGGGAGAAGGCGGUGAAGCGGCUCCGCCACGGCGGCCGCACGCCCCCGCGG